GGGCAGGGCGCGGAAUCACAGCCCGGCACACCCAGGGGGGUGGAGGAGAAGGGGGCCAGCCGGCUGCCGGGAAUUCAGCCUCUGGGCUGGGGGCUGUCAUAGAAGAAAAGUUCUCCUUUUUGAAGACAGACUGGGGACCCCUCCACCCCACCCUUCCCAUUGCACUUCUUAAAGGGAUCACAGCACUUUUUCCUUUGACUCCAUGGAAGCCAGGUUGGGGACACUCCGUGGAGACUUCAAACCUUUCCUUCCCACUUCCUCCUCGGCUGGCAGCCUUCCUCUGGCCGACUGAGUGGGGGCCUCCCAGGCAUGGCACUGACCGCCCGACCCAGUGCUGACUUGGCUCCUGGGUUCCUGCAGCCUCGGGUGGCAUCUCGCUUCCCUCCUCGCGGGGCGCGGUGAGUCAGGGGGGCGCCCAGCCCUGAGCUGCUUGGAGAGAGUUGCUGGCACCCCCUCUCCCCAUCACCUUCUCCCCCAAAGCUGGAGAACGGUGAGGAGGUCGGGGGCUACGAUGAGAUGAGCGGGGGUCGCUUUGACUUUGAUGAUGGCGGGGCAUACUGCGGGGGCUGGGAGGGGGGCAAGGCCCAUGGGCACGGCCUGUGCACCGGCCCCAAGGGCCAGGGGGAAUACUCGGGCUCCUGGAACUUUGGCUUUGAAGUGGCGGGUGUCUACACCUGGCCCAGCGGAAACACCUUCGAGGGAUACUGGAGCCAGGGCAAACGGCACGGGCUGGGCAUAGAGACCAAGGGACGCUGGCUCUACAAGGGCGAGUGGACACAUGGCUUCAAGGGCCGCUACGGGACCCGGCAGAGCAGCAGCAGCGGUGCCAAGUAUGAGGGCACUUGGAACAACGGCCUGCAGGACGGCUAUGGCACGGAGACCUACGCGGAUGGAGGGACGUACCAAGGCCAGUUCACCAACGGCAUGCGCCACGGCUACGGCGUGCGCCAGAGCGUGCCCUACGGGAUGGCCGUGGUGGUGCGCUCGCCGCUGCGCACGUCGCUCUCGUCCCUGCGCAGCGAGCACAGCAACGGCACGCUGGCCCCGGACUCGCCCGCCUCGCCGGCCGCCGACGGCCCCGCGCUGCCCGGGCCGGCCAUCCCGCGCGGCGGCUUCGCGCUCAGCCUCCUGGCCAACGCCGAGGCAGUGGCGCGGGCGGCCAAGGGCGGCGGCCUGUUCCAGCGGGGCGCGCUGCUGGGGAAGCUGCGCCGCGCCGAGUCGCGCACGUCCCUGGGCAGCCAGCGCAGCCGCGUCAGCUUCCUCAAGAGCGACCUGAGCUCGGGCGCCAGCGACGCCGCGUCCACCGGCAGCCUGGGCGAGGGCGCCGACGAGGCCGCGCCCUUCGAGGCCGACAUCGACGCCACCACCACCGAGACCUACAUGGGCGAGUGGAAGAACGACAAGCGCUCGGGCUUCGGCGUGAGCGAGCGCUCCAGCGGCCUCCGCUACGAGGGCGAGUGGCUGGACAACCUGCGCCACGGCUACGGCUGCACCACGCUGCCCGACGGCCGCCGCGAGGAGGGCAAGUACCGCCACAACGUGCUGGUCAAGGGCACCAAGCGCCGCGUGCUGCCGCUCAAGAGCAGCAAGGUCCGCCAGAAGGUGGACCACAGCGUGGAGGGCGCCCAGCGCGCCGCCGCCAUCGCGCGGCAGAAGGCCGAGAUCGCCGCCUCCAGAUGUGGAAGCUGAGACCCAGAGAAGGAAGACAGUGCGCUUCAGGCCACCCGGCAAGCAAAUGAGAGAACCAGGGCUUCAGCUCCUGGAUUUCUGGUUCCAAAGCUUUAACCAGCACAUUUGCCCACUCUAAACAUUGUAAACUUUCAGUUGCUAGGAAUGUGUGAAUAGUUACUGUCAUUAAGGCAGAAAGAAGGUAUGGGUGAUUUUCUUAAGAUUUCUUGGUCAGGGGCAGAGCCAGAUAGUCAUAUGAUUUAUUGGAUGCUUUUAGGAGCACUUUAUAAUAUUUAUUUGGCUGCACAGAGUCUUAGUUUGCAGCACACGGGAUCUUCAAUCUUUACAGCAUGUGGGAUGUAGUUCCCUCACUGGGAAUUGAACCCAGGCCCCUUGCCUUGGGAGCUCUGAGUCUUACCCAGUGGAUCACCAGUGAUGUCCCAAGGGGUCACUUUUUAAAAAUAGUACUUUGAUGUUGGAAUCAUUGUAGGAUUACUGAAGAGCUGCAAAGGUAGUACAGAGAGUUCCCAUAUACUCUUAACCCAGAUUCCUCUAAUGUCAACUUCUUUCGUUACAGCGACACAUUCAUCAAAGCCAACAUUCAUACCUUACUGUUAACUGAACUUCAGACUUUCAGGUGGUGUCUGCUGGGUUUCUCUGCUGUCAAAUUACCAUUUUAUCCUUCCCCUAAUUUAAUCUUUGGAUCCCAGACACUCAGUUCAGCCCACACUCAGAAGGGUCUGGAAUUAAACCUCUGCCUUUUGGAGGGGAAAGUAUCCAUAUACGUAACUAGAAAUUCUUCUGUAUGGAAGAUUUGUCUCUUCUUUCCAAAGGAACAUUUAAAGUUAUUAUGCCAAGUGUAUAUAGUUACGACAGGCAUAAGCCAAGGCUGUCCUGUGCCAGCCUGGGGCUCCAAAGAGCUUAAAUGAGGUAAGAGCUUAAACUCUUGAUUUGGAAGUCCAUGAGUUGGAAUUCUGGCUCUUGUAUUGAAUUGCUGUGUGACCUUGCCCAAGUCGCCUCACCACUCUGAACCCUGGCUCUUCUUUCUUUCCUGGGUUUGUUUGGGGGAGUAGAUGAGAUAAUGCCUGAAAAAUGCCUGGCACAGAGCAGCCAACAGCAAAGCAGUCUUUACCCUCAUUUAACAUGUUCAGUUUUAAAGGUGAUGAAAUGGGAGCUUGCAGAGAAGGAGGGAUUUCCCCAAGGUCUUCCCCUGCUGGGGACAAAAGCUUGCCCCUCUCCGCCCCCUUGCUUUCCCUACCCUCCCUGUCCUUUCUGCCAAGGCUGUGCCCUUGAACAUGAAGACACUGAGCUCCCUCCAAGAAGGCUGCCAGACCCACGGCUGGGCACUGAGUCUCAGGAGUGAGAAGGUGGUGCCAGCUUCCUCCAUGUGGUGCCACCGGGACGGGAGGUUAGGAUUCCUUAUCCUGGAUGCCCACAGAGCUGGUGGCACUGGGGUGGGGGUGGGGAGCGUGGGGAGCUGCUUGACUCGGUUUUAAGCUCAGAUUGAAUUUCCAAUUAAGGGAAUCUUUGGGUUAGGAGGAGCCUCGCUCCCGGGGGCUUUGUUGAGUAAUCAGGCUGCAGAGAACAGAGAGCCUUCCUCCCAACCUCCUUGGCCCAGGCAGCCUGGGGUUUUUUCUCCAUUGUGGCCUCAGAUUGUCUGCUCUGGGCUUGAAAGGAACUUCUCAGCUCAAAGUCUAGGACCAGGACCGCUUUCCCAGGGGGAAGGGAGAGAGCUGAGAUGUCUCAUUCCCUAAAAUGUGCUCUAGAUUGAAGGCGACUCUAGCUCUGUGCUGUCCAAUAUGGUAGCCCCUGGCCUUGUGCGUCUGUCGAGGUCUUAAAGUGUGGCUGAUACAAAUUGAGAUGCACUAUAAGUGUGAAGCAGACCCUGGCUUUCAAAGACUUCAUAAGAAAAAUAUGUAAAGGAACCUAGUAAUAAAUUUUUAUAUUGAUUACAGGUUGAAAUGUUUAUAUUUUUUGCGGCGGGGGGGGCGUGCGAUGUGGACCAUUUUUAAAGGCUUUGUUGAAUCCACUACAGUAUUGCUUCUGUUGUUUAUGUUCUGGGUUUUUUUUCGCUAUGAGGCAUGUGGGAUCUUAACUCCCCAACCAGGGGUUGAACCUGCAAUCACCUGUGUUAGAAGGCGAUGUCUUAACCUCUGGACUGCCGAAGUCCUGAAAUGAUUAUAUGUUAGAUAUAAUGCGUUAGAGAAAACAUAUUAUUGUAAUAAAUUUCACUUGUUUCUUUUAACAUUUUUGAAUGUGGCAACUAGAAAAGUAAAAAAAAAAAAAAAAUUGCACGUGUGUCUCAUGUUAUACUUUUCUUGGGCAGUGUUGCUCCUAGACCCAUUCAGGGCCCUAAGGAGAUGGUCCAGCUCCUUCACUGACCAGAUAAGGAAACUGAGGUACAGAAAGGGACAAAGAAAGGCUCAUAGCCACUAGGUGAUCAAGGGGGAAUUAGCUUCAGGGUUUCUGAUUUUGUGGCUACUCUCGCUUUUUGUAAUGCCUUUUAAGGUCAUGGAUGCUGGGCCAUGGAGGGAAGCUGGGAUGUUUGAGGAGGCAUCUAAACCCUUCUGGUUGUCAUGCCGACACCCUGAUAAAUGGCUCCCUUCUGGAAGGAGCACAGGGAGAGGUUCUGAGUGGAGCUUGCCCUCUGCUGCUGCUGGCCAUAUCUUGUCUUCUCUCCAGAUUGCAAUUCUCUUAUGUCUAAAAGGAAAUGAAUGUUUACCUGGAAACGUUUUCACAAAAGUUAAACCAGAUACUAUAUACGCAGCAUUCAGGACAAGGGCCAGAAGUGGGAAGCACUCAAUAAAUAUUAGCUGCUGUUGUCGUUGUGCAGGAUUCUUGUUGUUAUUGUUGUCAUUGUGCCACGGCAGCAGAGGCAGCGGCUGGCCUGCGGGAGUUCUCAGCCUCCCCGGGGUGUAACGUUCGCAACAUCUCAGGUUCUGGACCAUGGUGGCAUCGGUGUGACCCUGAAGAUAGGGUCCCCUGAACACAUGUGUUCUCUGCUCCUCCACGUCCCCACCCCGAUUCUCACCCACUCCCUGACUGACCCUGGAAGUUCCCAGGUUGAAUGCAGGGUUAGAGUUGGCGUUGUGAGUUGCUGAGAGGUGAAUUUCUCAGAUGAGCAGAAGCUAAGAGCUUGGCAAGCUUAGAGCCAAGAGCUUGGCUAUGACAUUGGACAGAUCCAGGUUUGAAUCUGCGUUCAGCUUCUUACAAACCGUGCGACCUUAAGCAAGUUACCUCACUUCUCUAUGCCUCACUUUCCAUUUCAGUCAACUGGGAAUCACAUUAAUUCUCUUUCAAAGUAUUGUUGCAGAGGAUAAAAGAGAUAGCCCAUGUAAAGGGCCUUUGCUUUGAAGGCGUGCAAGGAGGUGGACACUGUUAACAAUGAAUUGUCUUAUAAUGAGUCAUUCUGUACUGAUCUGAGUCUCCCUUGAGAAUGAUAUUAAUAUCAGAUGGAGGGACGCCUGUCAUCUCUCACAGUCCCAAAAACAAUUUCCCAGGCUUGUAUCUUCUGCAGGCCACAGUCCCAAUUUUUAAUAUAUCCACAUAUCACCUCUGUUUUCCAAUCUCAGUCAUUUCAGUCACUCAGUCGUGUCUGACUCUUUGCGACCCCAUGAACCGCAGCAUGCCAGGCCUCCCUGUCCAUCACCAACUCCUGGAGUCCACUCAAACCCAUGUCCAUCGAGUCGGUGAUGCCAUCCAACCCAUCUCACCCUCUGUCGUCCCCUUCUCCUCCCGUCUUUAAUCUUUCCCAGCAUCAGGGUCUUUUCUAAUGAGUCAGUUCUUCGUAUCAGGUGGUCAAGGUAUUGAGCUUCUGCGUCAGCGUCAGUCCUUCCAAUGAAUAUUCAGAAUUGAUUUCCUUUAGGAUUGACUGGUUUGAUCUCCUUACAGCCCGAGGGACUCUCAAGAGUUUCCUCCAACACCACAGUUCAAAAGCAUCAAUUCUUCGACUCUCAGCUUUCUUUAUGGUCCAACUCUCAUAUCCAUACAUGACUAUUGGAAAAACCAUGCUUUGACUGUAUGGACCUUUCCAAUUUAAUCUCUAUCUUUAAAUCAACUUACUUUAAAAUAUGUAGAGGCUUCCCUGGUGGCUCAGAGGGUAAAGCGUCUGCCUGCAACGUGGGAGACCUGGGUUCGAUCCCUGGGUUGGGAAGAUCCCCUGGAGAAGGAAAUGGCA